AUGUCUGGCUUGUGGAACUUCAAGAGUCUUAGCGAAGGAAGGAAAGACAGGAAUUACUACAAGCAGGCCUGUUUACCGACAGAUCCUGUGUUUGCCGAACAUCUUCUCAAAACAUGUUUGGAGAAGGAUGACUCAUUAAGGAUUUUCAAGAUAAUUUUGCAAAAAGGGAGCAUAUUUGCACCAGGCAAGUCAAAUAUGAAACAAACGAUUUAUUUCUUGUUCUAUAUAAAUAUACCGAAAUUGUAUCUUAAUUAUGUGUCACUUUAUUUAUUUGCAGUUCCAAUACGGUGUCCUCGUCGCAAGGUCCUGGCCCCUACUUUUAGCCCUAAAAACCUGAAAGCCUUCGCGAAUGUGUUCUCUCAAGAGAGUGGCAUCUUAGCGGAACGGUUGAAGGCUGUCGUCGGGAGAGGCGCCUUCUCUGCUUGGCAAUACAUGACGACCUAUACUAUGGACUCAGUUUGUCGUGAGAGCUUUAAACUUUUUAACUUCCUAGAAAUCAAUUUUCCUAUAAUAAUCGAGUCAAAGCGAGACGCAUUACAAAAAGAACACCUAGACCCAAAUGAAGAUGAAAGUUUGUUGAAACCCAAAGGUGAUUUGAAAACAUUUUUGGAGCUGCUAAUAGAAGGUUCAAGUAGUAACAAUGGGUACAGCAAUGUAGAACUACGAGAAGAGACCCUGGUGCUGGUAUUGGCUGGCACGGAUACAUCAGCCGUAGGGGCAGCCUUCACUCUGCUAAUGCUGGCACAACACCCCAAUGUACAGAAUAAAGUUUAUAAAGAGGCACGAUGGGACUGCCAUGUAUAUCUAUAUAAACUUAAAAAAAGACUCACCACUCACACCAGACUGCAGGGAGUUUUCGAAGACUCAUACAGAGCGGUCACGGCUGAAGAUUUGCCACGUCUCAAGUACUUGGACGCUGUCAUCAGAGAGACACUUCGCUUGUACCCACCAGUUCCUUUCAUCGUCAGAAAAGUUACCAAUGACGUUACCUUGCGUAAGUAUGGUCACCUAUUAUAUAGAAUACCUACUUCACUGAAACCGGUUAGACUGGAAGCCAAAUUAUUUUAUAUUAUCUCCGGUUCUCUCAUAGCAUCAAGUGUAACCCUGGUGGAAGGUUGUGGUAUUUUUAUCAGUAUCUGGGGUAUCCACCGUAACACUCGGUACUGGGGAAACGACGCGGAGCAGUUCCGACCUAAACGGUUUCUGGAGCCACUCCCGCAUCCCGCUGCCUUCAUGCCCUUCAGCUAUGGACCAAGAGCUUGUUUAGGGUACCAAUACGCCAUGAUGUCCAUGAAGACAGCUCUGGCAACAAUAGUACGGCGAUACCGAAUAAUACCAAGCGAUGAGAAGUAUACUUCAAAAGAAGUACGAGUGUCCUUCGAUGUGAUGAUGAAAGAUGUGGACAACUUCAGGAUACAACUUGCAAUGAGAUAGCUUAUUAUCGUUGAAAUUUUGAAAGCAUUACCAAAGUAAAAUUAAUGA